CAGAGAGAGGAUGGGGGGCAGGUUAAGGGUUAACUAGAGCUGGAGGAUAAAGGGCAAAGCAGCUAGUGUCUGAGUACAGAAGCAACUGGCUUUUAUUAUUUCCAGAGCGCGAUGUGCAGAGACAGAGGUUUUAGAACAGGUAGUAAGUAAAGCAAGCGCAUAAGCCAAGCAGAGCCCUGGCUGAGAGCUUGCAGCCUGAACGAAGUACAGCUGCUUGUAAGUGUUAUGCCUCUGAUCUCAUGGCAUGUGUGGGAGGAGAGAGUGCCUUGCAUCACACAGGCAGUGGCACAGUUCUCCCUCUGAUCUACCCCCAUGCUCCCUGGACACAAAGUGGUAACAGAAAGACCAUUAGGUCCCAGUAGGAGUGGGUGGGACUCUGCUUGAUCUGGAGUGGUGAGCAAAAGGGCAAGAAGUAGAUUCCACAGAAGAGCUUUGAACUCCCACCAACCCCAGUCUCAGACUGCAUCCUUGGGAUCUAAAUAUGGGAGCCUCCAUCCUUCAUUGGCUGUCCUAGGUGUAACGGUUCUCCCCUCCCCUUGUAUUCUCCACUGACUCCUCGUGUGAUUGCAUGUGGGGCUUGCACUCAGUCAUGGCACUGGCCUCCGGGUUUGUGAUCUGUGGAGCCAAGCUUUGGUAUUGUCGGUGGGCGCUGGCUGCUGCUGAGACCUCCCAGAUGCAUGACAGCCUUUUGCAGUUGCUCUGCCUUCCCAUAGCGAGGAAAUGCAACAUCCUGUUAGGUUGCAAUGCAUCUCCAUGUUACAUUUCACUUAGCUAGCAAUCCCUGCCCAGUGCUCAAGGCCCCUGACCAAUGCUGGGGCUCUGUAUGGCUACGGUCUGCCCUGCUGAUCCACUUCCUCAAGCCAGCAGGGACAGGAGUGCUGCGUGCAGAGUCUCUGCUAGGUCCUCUCUGGUUUGCCAAGGGCUCUGGCAAGAGUAUUCCAGCACAGAAUUGUGGUCACUGUAAUAAAACGGUGGGGGAGAGGGAAGGUGGCAAGGCUCUGCCUGGUUUGUAAAGACAAGCCCUGUCCCAGGAGAAAAUGGCUGUUUGGGUUGAAAGCUGAGAACUCCUCUCAAGGGCUAAACAGAAAACAGCCAAAAAAUUAGCUAGCAACACGAAGCUGAGCAAAGGCAGCUUUUCAGGCCUCCCCAGGCAGCCAGCAGACUGAGGGUCUGGGAAAUGAAAACCAGAAAGUCUCCUUGAGAGAGCAGAGAACAGGUGUUCGAUAAAUACAACGCCGCCGGCCUGUGUGUCCCUUUAAGAGCUUAGCUGGCUCUGUGCCCAUCCCUCCUCUCUGCAAAGCAUAGCUCUGUCCUAGCUGCCUCUCACACUGCUGUUUGAUUUCCUUCUCUGCCUCAGCUGCUCUUGGCCUAGCAGGAUGGCAGCUCAAGGCCCCCAGAAGCUGGAGGAGAAGCUGGUCUGCUCCAUCUGCCUGGAGAUGUUUGGGACACCAGUGACCAUGCCCUGUGGGCACAACUUCUGCAUGAAGUGUAUCAACAACCACUGGGACAAGGAAGAGAUGACAACUGCUCCGGGCGAGAAGGUUUGCACCUGUCCCGACUGCAGGAAAUGCUUUGGGCAGCGGCUGGAGCUCAGCAAGAACGUUGCCCUUUGCGGCGUGGUAGAGCUGGUCAGGUCUGGCGAAGAGCAGGCCUCCAGCGUUGAGAGGAAAUCCCCCGUCAAUGGGGGCAGGUGCUCCAGGCACGGGCGGCCCCUGGAGCUCUACUGCCAAGAGGAAAAGCUGUGCAUCUGCUGCGUGUGCACGGUGAAGGAGUGCCGGGACCACCGCAGGGUCCUGGUCGAGGAGGAGCGCAGGAGAAAGGAGGUCCUGUUAGAAGAGUCUCUGGUGAAAACCCAGGAGGAGGCUGUGAAGAGCAAGGAGGAGAUGCACAAACUGGAGGAGCAAACAGACACCAUAAAGGAGUCUUCAGAGUUGCUGAAGUCGGGGAUUUUGCAGAAGUUUGCCCACCUGCUAAAAGCCCUGGAGGAAAGCCAAAGGACGGCCGUGGACAAGAUAGAGCAAGAGCAGGCCACUGCCCUAGGACAAGUGGCAGAGAACUGGAGCCACCUGCAGGACCAUCUGGCCAUGCUCACCCAGCACCAGCAAAAGGCCCAGGAGCUGCUGACCUGUGGAGAUGAUAUGAAGUUCCUAGAGGUACUGGUGCCCACUCAGCCAUGCCUGGAGAGAGCUGUGACCACCCUGUACUCUGUGGUCAGUGGCCAGGCCACUUGUAUGCUGAAGUCAGUUUCGCUUUGCACAUAAUGCCCUGUGCACACAGUCUCAAAGCCAGCAAGAGAGCUUCAGGUGUAUGGAGGGUUGGUCCAGCAAUGGCCCAGAUGGUCAGGGAUGCAAUAGAGAUAUCAAAUCCCAUUUAUUUAGUGAACUGGUCAAACGGGAAAUUGUGGGAGGGGCUGGAGUGCCCCCCACUCACAGUGGGCCCCAUGGGGCUGGCAUGUAGGCAGACCCAGUGCAACACCAUGCCACCAACUGUGGUUGAUGCCCCGUCAGCUUUGCUGCAGCUGCUCCUGGGAAACACCUUGCAGGAAGAUGGGGCACCUGAGCACCCCCUUGAGGACUGCAUGAGUCACUGAGGCAUGCAAAUUACGUAUCUAAGGCAGGAGUGGGCUAGAUUUGGCCUGCCCAUCUGCCUUAUCCAGCCCACAGUCUGCCCCACCGAGACCCUCAGGCACAGAGCAGCCAGCUGCUUCAUAGCAGCUGCAUGCCACUUUAAGCAGCUGGCUGCUCCCUGUGGCUCUCUGCUCUGAGUGCUGGGGGAGACUUCACCCACUGCCCCCAUCCCCUAGCAAAAUCUCUCAGCUCCCGUUGGCCAGUUUUUGCAGAGG